AUGGCUAGUUCGCCUCCCAAAUCUACUACCCCAACUUCUCGCCCUCCAUCCUCUGCCACACCUGUCCCACCUCCGGUCCCAGUUGACACCCAUCCAAACCGAGCAGGAUUAAGACCACGGCAACCAUUACGGCCUGCGCUAGACCCAAGUCGCCUCGCUCCGGAAGAUGCAUACUUUGCUCAUACUCUGCCACGGCUGCGGCCGCUUACUACAGCAGGAAACCAUGCAGCCAACCCCGAUCUCCUUAAUCGGGUCGUGACAACACCCGCGGCAGUAGCAGCACUAAGGCCGCCUCCCGCGGUGCCUAGGAUACAAUCUAAAAGUGGUGCCGGAGCGCGUAGUGACCGUGGACGCUCUAGAAGAAGGAAACGACAAUGGAAAAAACUCCUCUGGGUCAAGCAGUCCUAUCCAGAUAACUAUACAGACACGGAAACGUUCCUCGAUCACUUACAAAGAAAUCCGAGGUUACGACCUUACGAUUUCUGGCCGCUCGUUGCUGACUUCACGGUGAUUGUGCAACAUGUAUGCUCUGUCGUUAUAUAUAUCUGCUGCUUCACUGUCAUUUUCCAAGAGCGCGUUAGCCCAGUCUCGGUUGCCAGUUGGGCUACUCUUUGUACGAUAUUCUGCUGGGGACUUUGGGAUUACUGGGAGGGAAACAUCCAUCUCGCUGCCGAAGAAUGCCCUGAUCUCUCCUCCGCUCACGAUGGUUCUAAUAGUGGAUUGCUGAUCAAGGAGCCUGCUGAUGGCCUUGGAUUAUCGUUGAAUAUGUCGAACGUGGGAAGCCCACCAAGUCGACAGAGUACUAUAUCAAGCGUACACUCUGACGACACCUCCGCAACCUCGAUCUAUUCAGUGCCCUCUCCUGAUGCUGUGAUUUCCCCUGUUGACUCAAACCUGCCAGUGUAUCCACCAAGCCUUCGUGCCACUUUAUCCAAUAGUGUGGCAAAACUAUAUUUGAAACCCUUUCCAGCCCCAUAUCGUCCAUCUCGCGGCAGCCAGCGGCUAAUCACAGCAAAAUCUGCGCUGCUAAUAUUUUGCGCCCUUCAAGGCCUUUCGCCCAUUCUCAAAUCGCUAACGAAGUCCACCACAAGUGACUCAAUUUGGGCCAUGUCUUGCUGGCUUAUGAUAAUCAAUGUGUUCUUUUUCGACUACGGUAGCGGCAGCAGCGUCAGAGAAACUCCCCAGCAAGGUAACAACGCUGGUGCAGGAGCAGUAGCUGCCAGGUUUCCAGCUUCGCUUUCUACUAAUGCUGCUUUAAUGGCAUCUACCGUACUUGCAUCAAGGCUUGAGUCUGCAACCCACGUGUUUAGCUUGACUCUGUUUUCAAUCGAGGUUUUUGGCCUCUUUCCAAUCUUUCGCCGUCACCUUCGUACAAUAUCCUGGCGUGGACAUAUCACCCUUACAAUUACUCUGGUAAUAUCCGCGGCAGCUGCAGUGGGCGUUACUUUGAAAGGCGGAUAUAAGGGCGGAGCUCUAGGGAUAUUAUUCGGCGCCCCCUUGACGGCGUUAGUUAUGGGUGGUUGUAGUUGGUGGUUGAUUGGCCUACAGAAGUAUAAAAACGUUGUUACUGGGCCGUGGGAUCAAGCCAAGCCUAUCCUACGCAGAAGACACUGGGAUUGA